CGCGGCUCCCUGAUCCUUAGUCGAAACUCGGCCGUUUUUCAGGAGCCUAGUAUCCUGAACGCACGCGACUCAAUCGACUGAAAACGAUGUAAAACGCCAACAUAACAAUAACAUAACACUGAACCGAAGAAGGAGGGAGGAGCAGGAAAAAUGAGCAGUUUGGAGCGCGAAGGAACGGAAGAACCGACGGCCGGAAUAUCGGGACCGGGAUGCAGUGUGGUGUUCGAAGCAUCGACACAAACGCCGACCAACGAAACGUGCGACUCGCCCCUUUUCACGCAGAAGGGUUACUGCCUCAACACCAAGGACCACAGCGUCUUGGCUCUCGGAAACAUUUACAAGAUGAAGGAGCACGGACAACUAUGUGAUAUUACGUUAAAAAUAGGAUUAGAACAAUUCACUGCCCAUAAAGUGGUCUUAGCCUCGGUUAGUCCAUAUUUUUUUGCCAUGUUUAAUGACAAAACCCCAAAAAAUUCUACAGGCGACAUGAAAGAGCAACACGAAAAAGAGAUAAUUAUACACGACAUGGAUUCGGCGGCGGUGGAGUUGCUCAUCCAGUACGCCUACACGGGCCAAAUAACGAUCACGCCGGACAACGUUCAGGUACUGCUGCCGGCCAGCAGCAUCCUGCAGAUGCAGGAGGUACGCGAGGCGUGCUGUCGGUUCUUGCUUCGCCAACUGCACCCGACCAACUGUUUGGGCAUCAGAAGUUUCGCGGACACGCACUCCUGCAAGGAGUUGCAUCUCAAGUCGCACGUUUACGCCCUGCAAAACUUUCAGCAGGUGAUCGCCACUGAAGAGUUCUUGCUGCUGCCCUUUCAGGAGGUCAAGGAUUUGAUUUCAAACAGUCAGCUGAACAUUUCGUCGGAGGAAGACGUGUUUACUGCCGUUUUGAAUUGGGUCAAGCACGAUUUGCCGGACAGGAGUCAAUACAUCAGCAAACUGAUGGUUCACGUGAGGCUUCCGCUGGUGAACCGAGAAUUCCUAAUGACACGAGUCGACAACGAAAAACUAAUCAGAGACAACGUGGAGUGUCGCGAAUUCCUGUUGGAAGCGAUGCGCUACCAUUUGGCACCCGAGCGCCGUUGCGUCCUCUCCACCACCAGAACGAUCGAAAGGAAACCGAAAGGAGCUGAUCCCUACUUGUUUGCAAUCGGUGGCGGUUCUCUGUUUGCCAUACAUGCCGAAUGCGAAGUGUACAAUCCGAAAACCGACACGUGGAACGCAAUUGCUCCGAUGCAGUGGAGGAGGAGCAGGUCGGGGGUUACCGGCUUGAGGAGGUUGUUGUACGUCGUCGGAGGUUACGAUGGGGCUUCCGAUUUGGCCACUGCCGAAUGCUACAAUCCCCUGAACAACACGUGGAGCCUCAUAACUCCGAUGGGCACGAAACGCUCCUGUCUGGGCAUCUGUUCCUUCGACGGUCUGCUGUACGUUUGCGGUGGAUACGACGGCGCCUCCUGUUUGAGUUCCAUGGAACGGUUCGACCCGUUGACGGGAGUUUGGUGCAGCUGUCCCGCCAUGAACACCAGGAGACGAUAUUGCAGGAUCGCUGUUGUCGAGAACUGUAUCUAUGCAUUGGGAGGAUUUGAUUCGACCAAUUAUCAAGCUUCCGUAGAAAGAUUUGAUCCGAGGGAAGGAAUUUGGCAUCCGGUGCCUUCAAUGUCGUCCAGAAGGAGCAGUUGCGGUGUCGCAGCCCUUGACGGCUAUUUAUAUUGUAUAGGGGGAAAUGACGGAACAAUGUGUAUGGCAAGUGGUGAACGUUUCAGUGUUCGAAGGAACGCUUGGGAACCGAUUGUAUCCAUGCACAAUCGAAGGUCAACACAUGAAGUGGUGGCAAUAGAUGGUCACAUUUACGCACUGGGUGGAAACGACGGUUCCUCCAGCUUGAAUUCGGUAGAAAAAUACGAUCCAAACUUGAACAAAUGGUUGGUCGUGUCGCCCAUGUCGAUUCGAAGAAGUUCUGUGGGCGCAGCGAUUUUGGAGUGCAUCAACAUUGAGCACGUGCUCAAACAAACCAAAACGUGAUAUUCGAUUUAGCUUUAAUCUGAAGAUUCAGUAAAUUCGAGCGAAUAAUAUACAGGGAACAUUUUAUUGAUCGACGAUGGAGGGAAAAGUGUCUUCAUGUCUUCAAAUUUAUGUGUUCAUGCUGAAAAAUGGCUUUUAGAUUUAAGUAGGUUUUAAUAAACAACUACAAUGAUGAUGAUAUAGUUUUUUAUGGACGAAAAAUUUAUCAUAUUUUUUUGUUUUUAUCGCACGUUGAUAAAUUCACUCAUGGUUAAAAUAAGUUACAUUGUGAAUUUACUAGAUUUUAUUAAUAUACAAAUAAGCAAUUAUACAUUAAUAAAUAAAUUAUAUGAAUAAAU